UCGGUCGCCGCCCGUCUCCGUCGCGCAGGAUGGACGCCGUCGUCGCCAUCACGUCCGGUGGCAUCAUCGGCGCGGGCGAGGGGGCCGCGCGGCUGUGGGUGGAGCUGCCGGUGCGGGUGGACUUGGCCGCCGCGGCGGCGCAAUGCGCGGCGGCGUGGGCGCGCGCGAGGGCGCUCGUGGUGGUGCCGCUGGUGCGGCUCCUGGUGUUCUUCUCGCUGAGCAUGACGGUGAUGAUACUGGUCGAGAAGCUCUUCGUCUGCGCCGUGUGCCUGGUCGUGAAGGCGUUCCGGCUGCACCCCCAGCGGCGGUACCGGUGGGAGCCCAUCGCCGCCGCCGCAGCCGGGGACGACCUGGAGGCCGGCGGCGGCGCGGCGCACCCGAUGGUGCUGGUGCAGAUCCCCAUGUACAACGAGCGGGAGGUGUACAAGCUGUCGAUCGCGGCGGCAUGUGCGCUGGAGUGGCCGUCCGACCGCUUCGUCAUACAGGUGCUGGACGACUCCACGGACCCCGUUGUAAAGGAUUUGGUGGAGAUGGAGUGCCAGAGAUGGAAGAGCAAAGGCGCAAACAUAAAGUAUGAAGUCAGGGGGAACCGGAAGGGGUACAAGGCCGGCGCGCUCAAGGAAGGGUUGAAGCACGACUACGUGAAAGACUGCGAGUACAUUGCCAUGUUCGACGCCGACUUCCAGCCCGAAUCCGAUUUCCUCCUGAGGACAGUUCCGUUCCUUGUGCACAACCCGGAGAUCGCCCUCGUCCAGACUCGCUGGAAAUUUGUUAAUGCCGAUGAGUGCCUGCUGACAAGAUUCCAAGAAAUGUCGUUGGACUACCAUUUCAAGUUUGAGCAAGAGGCAGGGUCGUCAGUGUACUCGUUCUUCGGCUUCAAUGGGACAGCUGGUGUUUGGAGGAUCUCAGCGAUCGAUGAUGCCGGGGGUUGGAAGGACCGGACAACAGUGGAGGAUAUGGACCUGGCUGUCCGCGCGACACUGCAAGGAUGGAAAUUCGUUUACGUCGGUGACAUUAAAGUCAAGAGUGAGCUACCAAGCACAUUCAAGGCAUACCGAUUUCAGCAGCACAGGUGGUCAUGUGGACCGGCAAAUCUGUUCAAGAAAAUGAUGGUAGAGAUUUUACAGAACAAGAAAGUGUCAUUGUGGAACAAAAUCCACCUAUGGUACGAUUUCUUCUUUGUCGGGAAGGUUGCUGCUCAUACAGUGACAUUCAUUUAUUAUUGCUUUGCAAUCCCUGUGUCAGUUUUGCUCCCUGAGAUUCAAAUUCCUCUCUGGGGGGUAAUCUAUGUUCCGACAGUUAUCACCCUCUUGAAGGCUCUUGGCACACCGAGUUCAUUUCACCUGGUGAUCCUCUGGGUCCUAUUUGAGAAUGUCAUGUCAUUGCACCGGAUAAAAGCUGCAGUGAUUGGUCUUCUGGAUGCUGGAGGUCGAGUCAAUGAGUGGGUUGUCACCAAGAAGUUGGGCGACGCCAACAAGACAAAGCCUAGCACCAACGGAUCAGAUGCUGUAAAAGUGAUAGAUGUAAAGCUAACAGAGCCCCUUGUACCGAAGCUCAUGAAGAGGCGAACAAGAUUCUGGGAGAGGUACCACUGCUCAGAACUUUUUGUUGGAACCUGCAUAAUUCUGUGCGGUUGCUAUGACGUUCUUUACUCAAAGAAGGGAUACUACAUCUACCUCUUCAUUCAAGGCAUGGCUUUCCUUGUCGUCGGUUUUGGGUAUGUCGGCACACUACCUCCUCGCACUGAAUAAGCUGUCAUCGACGGAGCUGACAUACCUGCUUACGAGAAAUUGAGUGCAAGCAAAGACCCUCUCCUGCACAUAUCGACUUCAGAAUACAAUGAUCAUAGGGCAUUUUUCUGGUUGGUCUUGGUCGGAUAUGAUCCAACCAUUCUUUACUGCCAAGAAGGCCAUUCAGAUAGCGUCGUCAUUCUUUUGAUAAUAACAGUGUUUACUGAAGCACCAUGACAAAAAAUGAUUGGUGCAGCAACAUUUCGUUCAGAUCCUGUAGAGAGAUGCAUUUCGCAGGUGUGGAAGAAGUGCGGCAGCUGUAAAUGAAAGUAGCAUUCGCUGCCAAUUUCAGUAGAUCUCCAAACAUGUAGCCUUUUGGCAAUUUACUGGACUGGUAUAGCUGGGUCAGAGUUCAGAUUCAUAAUAGAAGACCGUCAGCACCGGCAGUUUAUAACCUAUGUAGGCUUAAAACCUGUAAAUGUACAUUGUUUCUGAACUAGCUCUGUCAAAUUCGGGCAGAUCUAGAAAUGCGUUGUAAGCGUAGCAGCAUGUAA